AUCAAGGACUGCUGCCUAUUUCAAGAAGCUUCGUAAAUGGAGGAAGUCUAACCCUGUCGAACGUCUCUACACAAGACAGUGGUUCCUAUCUGUGUGCUGCCACAAACAUUCGGGGCAGCAAAUCAUCUGCACUUCACCUCCAAGUGUAUUCAACUCUCAAAUUCACCAUCAACCCGUCGUCGAAUGCGACAGUGAAGGCCAAUGAAAGUCUCACGCUGCCUAGUUCUGCCUUUAGCGACCUGACACCAACGAUGUCGUGGGUAUUUAAUGGCACCUCGUCAUUACCCUCAAGCGUGGUUAUUGAUUCCUCCAAUAACUUGACAGUUUCAUCUGCUAACUUCACCCAUGAGGGUACAUACACUUGCCGUGCGUCUAAUGCAUUCAGCUCAAUUCAAACAAAUGUCAUUAUUUAUGUCAAUUACCCUGAAACCUGCACCAAAGUAAAGGUCAACAUCAGCGACGUCAGUGGUGAUGACUCCAUUGAUCCUGACGGUAUUCUUGGUGAGAAUCCAUUUCCUGUUUUCUGUAACAUGAUUGACAAAGGUGGUGUUGGAGUGACAGUUGUCAGUCAUGACAGCGAGAAGAGGACACAUGUAGAUGGUUUUAAGCCGGUUGGUUCAUAUUCCCUCGACAUCGAUUACAACCCCACCAGCAUUUCGCAAUUGAAGGUUCUAACAGAAUUUUCCACCAACUGUCAACAGUUCAUCAAAUACGAGUGCCUGGACUCUAGAAUUAGAAGGAAUGAAUAUGCAUGGUGGGUGUCACGUGACGGUGAAGAAAUGACCUACUUUGAUGGGGCGAGUCCAGUAUAUGAUGGCUGCGCCUGUGGAAAGAACGGCUGGUGUGUUAACCCAUCCUGGGUCUGUAACUGCGAUGAGAAUAAACAGACUUGGCGGAUGGACAGCGGUCUUCUAACAAACAAGUCCCAUCUUCCCGUCAUUCAGUUGAGAUUUGGCGAUACGGGAAGCUAUUAUGACCAGGGUUUCCGUCCCGAAGAAGGUUACCACACUUUGGGAAAAUUAGAGUGCUAUGGAAUGAACUGAGCAGUAAACUGUCGUCAUGCGGAAACGUAAGGGACGAAAAAAUUGCUAAUACUUCGCCUACGAGUCGUUCUCGUCAAAUUCUCAGAUCAUUUCGCACACGUCUCAGGUCAGUUGGUUGACGUUUCAUAGUUCGUUUAACAAACGUUUCAGGUCAUUCACAAACGUCUCGUCUUUGUUUUGUCUUCUUCGGAGAAGUGACAAAUAAAAUGCUGUACAGUUAACAGACGGUAUAACGUUGGAUGUUGUCCUUGAGUAGCAUUGUGUGAUAAAGUCAGAAU